AUGCCCCUCCCCAGCCUACCAGGGCUCAUCAUCCUCGACAGCCUCGGGAAACCGAUCAUUCAAACAACGUUCCGUACCACCCCUCCCGCCUUUCCCCUACUACAUAUCGGAGCAUUCAACGAUGCUCUUUCUCGGGCCUCUGAGAAGGAAGGAGAGGCAGGGAAGGAAGGGGUGGAGAACGUGUUAUACGUACCUGGUGCUGGGGGGAAAGGGAGCGCCCUCUGUUGGAAACAAGACGGAGACCUGCGAUUCCUCUGCCCGGUAAACGAAGACCUCGACCCGUUAUUCGUCUUCUCCUUCCUUAAUACGUUCCUCUCUAUCCUGCGAGAUUAUAUCGGGGACAUAUCUGCCUCCCGGGUGAGGGACAACUUCGAUCUCGUGUACCAAUUACUGGAAGAGAUGCUCGAUUCUGGCCAUCCACUAACUACAGAACCCAAUGCUCUGAGGGAUAUCGUACUGCCCCCUUCGUUGCUCAACAAGCUGCUCUCCGCAGCAGGUGCAUCCAGCUUGCCAGGAUCGACGACCGCCAUGCCCUUCGCCUCUCCUAUCCCCUGGCGGCGACCUGGUGUAAGGUACAACAACAACGAAGUGUACUUCGACAUCGUCGAGCAGCUCGAGGCGAUCGUCGGCCGGAACGGGGCUGUCUUGUCUGGUGAUGUCUGGGGGGAAGUGAAAUGCCAGUGCCGGCUGUCAGGCACCCCAGAUCUGCUAUUGACGUUCUCCAACUCGAGACUGAUCACCGAACCCUCCUUCCAUCCCUGUAUAAGAUUCCAGAGGUGGACACGCGAUCGCGCGCUCUCGUUCGUUCCCCCCGACGGGCAUUUCACACUUCUGAACUACAUGGUCGCCCCGCCCCCGCUCGCACCGCAUCAGGUCCCUCUGCAACUACGGCCGCAUAUCAGCAUAGGCACUAACACGGGCUCCUUUGAGAUAGUCUUCGUUUCCCGAGCCGGAAAGACGCUGGAAGACGUCAAGCUCCUCUGGCCGCUCGGAGAAGGCGCUACAAGUGUCCAAGCGUCAAUGUCCUCCGCCAAUGGCCCAGCGAACGAGAAGGACCGAACAUCAUGGGGGCUCGACCCUCUCUCCAAGAGUCUUGAAUGGAGGAUCCCCGUUCUGCCCGCUUCGGCAUCUUUAACACUCAAAGGGACGUUCUCGAGCUCAGAAACACACCCCCGGACAUCACCCGCUAUACAGAUCACAUAUACCAUGUCGUCGAGCACUAUUUCUGGCCUCAAGGUCGAGAGCUUGAAGCUCGUAGGGGCGGAGAGCUAUAAGCCAUUUAAAGGCGUACGUGGGAGUGGACGUGGAAACGUUGAAUGGAGAUGGUAAAUCAGGCUCACAAUUGUACGCAUCUGGGUAGUGAGACAGAGAAAGUCCAUCCUGUAGAGUUACCCAUUUAAGG